CAGUACAGAACGGAAGAUGGAAGACAAAAGAGAACCAAGAAGUUGUGUAGAAAAGAGAGCCCUUGGUGACUCUGGUGUGGCAAACAAGAAACAAAGAACUGAAGAUUAUAGCAGUGUGGCUCAACUACAGCACAUUAACAGUUCAGAUGGAGAAGAAUCAGAGGCUGACACUCAACUUGUCUUGUACAAAAAUGAUAGACAAAACAGGAGCAAGAGAGAGUUACAUUAUUUGAUGGUAAAAAACAUUUGCAAGAAGUGCACAGCAAUCAGUUUAUAUUCAAGACAGCCUGAAAGAGUUAUACAUAUUAUCUUUGAAAAUGAAGCAGCAACAAAGCUUUUUGUACAGCCUUUAAUUGCUAGUGACUUUAUUGAAGUAGAUCAAUCAGGGAACAUAUUCUAUUUCGCUGCAGCAAGAAACUGUAUUGUUACAGCUAGUUGGCUGCAUGAUCUUGAUCAUGAGAAUGAUGUGCAUGGGUAUUUGAGUGGACUUGAACGACUGAGCAACAACCGGGAGUCCUCUGCUGUAGUACUUCUGUCAGGAAAAGCAGCCAACAAACGAACCGAGUCAGGACAGGCUGUACCCAUUGGUAGCCUCCUUUUCUCAAGUGAUGGAUCUAGAACCUCGUUGGGGGGUUGUCCAACAUUUAAGACAUACUAUCAUGACCACCUUAACAAGUUGUUACAAGACCUGACCAAGCCAAAUGUGUUGUUCAAAGAUCAUCUCAGUGCAGUCUGUGUGGAUACAAGUCAGGGUGUCCCUCUGAACAAACAGUGCAGUGUAGUCGUAGACAAACACCCUAUUUUCUUGAGAAAACUUCUGGAACAUUUCAAUCCUCACGCCCUUCGUGUGAUGGUUGCUAUCAAUGAACAAAUGGAGCAGUGUGGAGUUAUGGACCAGAAAGCCAUGUGCAAUGCCAUCACCCUGUUGCACACAUUCCUGGCAGCUGGGAUAGACACAGUGUUUCCAGAGGUAGGGCCAAUCACAACAACCCGUGACCUGGUCAGAAGAGAGCGGACUGAAACUGCAUACAGUCAGCCUAUCAACAAUGCAUAUACUGACCAUACCAAUCCUGCAAUAAAGUUUCCCAGUGGCGCAACUUACCAACUGCCUGAAACUCCUGACUCUAACCGGCAAGUCUGUACUACCAAGGACAUUUCUCCAUCUGUUGAGCCUGCACUUGACAGUCCAAGAACACUGACUGACCUCCUACUAAAAUCUGAACUUCUGAAGUAA